GGGGAUCCCCUCCACUGGGGCCGUGUGCAACUCUCGUAUAGACUACGGUGAGCUGAUGCCCUCGCGCAUCAUUCGACCUCCGCGCAUCAGUAUUGGCAACCGCCCUGCUAACACGCGACCGGGAGUGUACAUCUUGAACUCGACGAACAGGAUAAGUUAAGCGAGCACAAUGCCUUUCAAACCCGCAGACAACCCCAAAUGUCCGAAAUGUGGCAAAUCCGUGUACGCCGCAGAAGAGCGCGUCGCUGGAGGGCUCAAAUGGCACAAGAUGUGCUUCAAAUGUGGUCUGUGCCAAAAGUUGCUGGACUCCACUAACUGCUCAGAACACGAAGGUGAACUUUACUGUAAAGUAUGCCACGCCCGCAAAUUCGGACCCAAAGGUUACGGCUUUGGCGGUGGUGCCGGCUGCCUGUCCAUGGACACCGGUGACCAUCUGAAAGCUGAGAACGCGGGCGUACGAACUAAUGGAGCCUGCUUGGAGUCACGUGUAAUAGCUAAGGCUCCCCCGGGCGAAGGAUGUCCACGAUGCGGCGGAUGUGUAUACGCUGCCGAGCAAAUGUUGGCUCGUGGACGGGCCUAUCAUAAAAGAUGCUUCAAAUGCCUUAAUUGCCACAAGUCUCUAGACUCAAUGACGCAUUGUGAUGGACCAGACAAAGAAUUGUAUUGUCGAGGAUGCUACUCCAUAAAGUUUGGGCCUAGGGGUGUUGGACACGGGGGAAUAUCGUCCUUGGGACUAGUAUGUGAUUUAAAGGACAAGGAAUGGCAGAGCGAUCUUGCACCGAGGACAACGGUGAUUGACACAGCCGCUAUUAAGGCUCCUCCUGGUAAAGGAUGCCCAAGAUGCGGUGGCGUCGUCUUCGCCGCGGAACAGGUGCUAGCUAAGGGUCGUGAAUGGCAUCGCAAGUGUUUCAAAUGCCGCGAUUGCCACAAGACCUUGGAUUCUAUCAUCGCUUGUGAUGGUCCCGAUUCCGACGUUUACUGCAAGACUUGCUACGGAAAGAAAUGGGGACCUCACGGCUACGGUUUCGCCUGUGGUUCUGGAUUCCUACAAACCGACGGCUUGACCGAGGAAGAAAUUUCUGCAAACCGCCCAUACUACAAUCCAGACACUACGUCAAUCAAGGCUCCCAAGGGCCAGGGUUGCCCAAGAUGUGGUGGUAUGGUAUUUGCAGCUGAACAACAACUGGCUAAGGGAACGAUGUGGCAUAAGAAGUGUUUCAACUGUGCUGAAUGCCACCGUCCAUUGGACUCCAUGCUGGCAUGUGAUGGCCCCGACAAGGAGAUCCACUGUCGUGCUUGCUAUGCUAAACUAUUCGGGCCCAGAGGCUUUGGAUAUGGUCACGCCCCUACUCUAGUGUCCACUGACACUGAUCCACAUGUCACUUACAUUGAACAAAUGCCCUUCACGGGUCCAAAGGCAGCUAAGGGUCAGGGCUGCCCUCGAUGUGGAUUCCCUGUAUAUGCUGCUGAACAGAUGAACUCUAAAAAUGGCACAUGGCACAAGCGGUGCUUCUCAUGUGCAGACUGCCAUAGAUCUCUUGAUUCCACUAACUUGUGUGAUGGGCCCAAUGGUGAAAUUUACUGUCGUGGAUGCUACGGUCGCAACUUCGGACCCAAAGGUGUUGGAUUCGGAUUGGGUGCAGGCACAUUGACCAUGGCUUAAGACUAUAAAGCUGGACUUUGUAGGAAGCAGAUAGUUUGCGUGAAAGCAUGAAAGAAAUCUAAUCUCUAGCUUACUGCUAUUUAUUUAUCCUCUAAUCAUACCAUGUAUUAAACUGGUUUUAAUAAUGGUUGAUUUAACUCAAUGAGACUAUGUAUGUAAAAGAGUAUAUAUAUAAAUCAAAUAUUUUAUGAUAGGACGUAUAAAUUAAGGUUACAUUUCUUUCAUUUGUAUAAACUGUGAUGAAUGUGUCUGGUCCCUUACUUUAUAAAUUCUUCAUAAAAUAUUAUUGUAGAAUUAUAAUAUGUAUAGACUUAAUAGUUAUUGAAUAAGUUUAUAUUAUAAAAUACUAUAUUAUUAAAAUAAUAAUAAAAAAAUACAAAAAAAAAAAUACUGAACGGCUUUUCAAUGGCAUUGUGAUGUGACCUUCAAUAUGUAUCUUAUUUUUUAAUGAAGGUAUUCGAACUAUCCUGUAAACACGGCUAAGAUUGUAUAAUACAAUCGUUUCGACCGACCAGAUCUCAAUAGGAAGAUCUGACGUGGAUAUAUACAUAUUAUCUAUUAAGUUACAACAAAGACUUUUGUACAUACUUUCGUCACUUCUCUUUUUACAGCAAUAAGCUGUGCUAGAUUUAACACCUAUGCUUCGAAGUUUUGCUAUAACAUAAUAUAGUAUGAUAUAUAAUAUUACUGUAAAUUAAGGCAGCUUAUUACUUUACAUUACGACGUCUUUAUGUUAUUGUUUUAUUAAAUAAAGAUCCAAAAAAAAAA